AUGACCAACAUUCGAAAAACUCACCCCUUAUUAAAAAUUAUCAAUAGCUCAUUCGUAGACCUUCCUGCUCCCUCAAGCCUUUCAUCAUGAUGAAACUUUGGUUCUCUUUUAGGAGUUUGUUUGGGCGUACAAAUUCUAACAGGACUAUUCCUAGCUAUACAUUAUACAUCCGACACAGCUACCGCAUUCAACUCUGUCACCCAUAUCUGUCGAGACGUCAACUAUGGAUGAUUACUUCGAUACCUCCAUGCCAACGGAGCCUCUAUAUUUUUUAUCUGCCUCUACCUCCACGUAGGCCGAGGCCUAUAUUAUGGAUCCUAUACAUAUUCAGAAACAUGAAACAUUGGCAUUCUCCUCCUCUUUGCUGUCAUAGCAACAGCAUUUAUAGGCUAUGUCCUACCAUGAGGACAAAUAUCAUUCUGAGGAGCUACAGUCAUCACCAAUCUCCUCUCUGCCAUCCCCUAUAUCGGAACAGAUUUAGUACAAUGAAUCUGAGGUGGCUUUUCCGUAGACAAAGCAACUCUCACCCGAUUCUUCGCCUUCCAUUUUCUACUUCCCUUCAUUGUAACAGCUCUAGUAAUAGUCCACCUUUUAUUUCUACACGAAACAGGAUCUAACAACCCCACAGGCAUUCCAUCAGACCCAGACAUAAUUCCAUUCCACCCCUACUAUACUAUUAAAGAUAUUCUAGGAUUUUUAGUUAUACUUACAGCCCUAGCUACUCUAGUCUUAUUUUCACCAGACCUCCUAGGAGACCCAGACAAUUAUAUUCCAGCAAAUCCACUUAAUACCCCUCCCCAUAUUAAGCCAGAAUGAUACUUCCUUUUUGCUUAUGCUAUUUUACGCUCUAUUCCAAACAAACUAGGAGGAGUCCUAGCUCUAGUAAUAUCUAUCCUAAUCCUAGCCAUCGUACCAAUUCUUCACAUAUCUAAACAACGAAGUAUAAUAUUUCGCCCUCUCAGCCAAUGCUUAUUCUGACUUCUUGUAGCAGUCCUUUUUACAUUAACAUGAAUUGGAGGACAACCAGUAGAGCACCCCUAUAUUAUUAUCGGCCAAACAGCAUCCGUCCUAUAUUUCUUAAUUAUCCUAUUCCUUAUACCAAUAAUUAGCCUAGUAGAAAACUAUCUUCUAAAAUGAAGA